CGCCGGAAGCGGAAGCUGCCGCGGCCGGAAGAGCCCGGCACCGCUUUGCUCCCGCUCGCGGCCCCGGAAGCCGCUGCCGCCGCGCGCGCCAUGGCGCUGUUCGAGCAGAUGCGGGCCAACGUGGGCAAGCUGCUCAAGGGCAUCGACCGGUACAACCCGGAGAACCUGGCCACGCUGGAGCGCUACGUGGAGACGCAGGCCAAGGAGAACGCCUACGACCUGGAGGCCAACCUGGCCGUGCUCAAGCUGUACCAGUUCAAUCCAGCAUUCUUCCAGACCACCGUCACCGCUCAGAUCCUGCUCAAGGCGCUGACCAACCUCCCGCACACGGACUUCACCCUCUGCAAGUGCAUGAUCGACCAGGCUCACCAAGAAGAGAGGCCGAUCAGGCAGAUCCUCUACCUGGGGGAGCUGCUGGAGACCUGCCACUUCCAGGCCUUUUGGCAAGCCCUGGAUGAGAACAUGGAGCUGCUGGACGGGAUCACUGGCUUUGAGGACUCUGUUAGGAAAUUCAUCUGCCACGUGGUGGGGAUCACCUACCAGCACGUUGAUCGGUGGUUGCUGGCGGAGAUGCUGGGAGACCUCUCAGACAGCCAGCUCAAGGUCUGGAUGAGCAAAUAUGGCUGGACAGAAACUGAGCCUGGCAAGGUCUUCAUCUGCAACCAGGAGGAGAGCGUCAAACCCAAGAACAUUGUAGAGAAAAUAGACUUUGACAGUGUCUCCAGCAUCAUGGCAUCUUCCUUGUGAUGCCCCUGUUGCCCACUACCAUCUGUGCUGCUUGUGAGAACCUGCUCUGGGUCUAUUUCUUAUUUAAUUCCUUUUUAAAUUUUAAUCCAGCCCUGGCCAAUAAAUGUUUGGAGAGA